GAAGGUAAACCAAAUUCUGUACUUGUAGACUGGCCAGUCGAUAAAACAAAUUUGUUGACUGCUAGUCUAGUUGAUUCGGCCGUUAGACAUUGUUGAGCACACUUGUUGCUUUCCCUCCUCAAUAGUGUAAAUUUUUCAAUCAUCUUGUGCACAUUCCAAUUAUCGUUCAACAGAAUUCUAAACGAUAACGCGGGCGAAACAUUUUACCACUUGACGGAUAUAAUUUGAAUUGCAAAUUUUUUGGAGGAAUUGUUUUAUAAAAGAUGGCACAGUCGAGCGCCAUUCACGGUGUAACUUUUAUUGUCGUUCUGCAACUCUUGGCGCUCACGACAUCAUCACCACAGACGGCGUACAACAGCGCCAAGAGUAAUAAACGGCCACAUAAGAGUUACAGCUAUUACGAGAAUUGGAACUACGUUAAGACGGAUAAAGAACAUAACAAGCCGAAAUGGACAUACAAAGAUCAAAUGAAUUGGCCACGUCUCUUCCCGACUUGCGCCACGAGGAGGCAAUCUCCUAUCGACAUCCAGCCAAAAGAGACUGUCCUUGCUGCUUUCCCGAACUUUGUUUUCCACAACUACGGUCACGCAAACAACAUGACUAUGGCUAACAACGGACAUACCGUGACAAUCAAUUUGCCGGAGGACUAUCCCAAGCAUAAACUGCCCCACAUUACCGGUGGCGGACUCAACGGCACGUACAAUUUCGCCCAAAUCCAUUUGCACUGGGGAGUCGACUCGACUCUAGGCAGCGAACAUCGCAUCAAAUCAAAAAGCCAUCCGCUUGAACUUCAUAUUGUUCAUUGGAAUUCCAAAUACGGAUCCUUCGCUCAAGCCAGUAUGCAGGCAGAAGACGGACUGGCCGUCUUUUCAGUUUUAGCCGAGGUGGGAUUGGGCGACAGCAAAUCCUUAAUGCCCAUCACCGACCAAGUCGGCGAAGUCACAAAAAACGGCGACGAAACAGUUUUGAGGAAACCGUUUUCGAUUCAGGACGUCUUGCCCAAACAGAAAUCGUCUUACUUCCGCUAUUUCGGUUCGGUGACUACUCCCGCCUGCCAUGAAAUCGUCACCUGGACCGUUUUCGACAACUUUAUUGACAUUUCCGAAAAACAGUUGGCUAAGCUGAGGAACCUAAAAGAUGAACACGGCGAGCGUUUGGUGAACAACUUCCGGACGCCGCAGCCGUUGCACGACCGCACCGUCUAUUACAGAUCGUUCACCGGAUGUGAAAUAUCAAGAAGUUUGUCGGACGCUACUUCAAUGGCGGAUGUUUUCAAGUGGACGAAAUGUUUGAUGAGUUACGCCUUCAAUUCCAUCUUUCCCUCAUCCUAAUGUGAGCAUAAUCUAGCCCUUGUGCAGUAAUCUCAAUUAUCACGGUGGCAAAUAUUUAUUUGAAAAGACUAUUAUUAGCUCUAUACAGUAAUGUCAUGAAAAUAAUCUCAUGAUGAAAACGGUUAUUUAUUCACGAUUGAAAAGGGAAUCUAUUCUCCAAUGAGUUUGACAUUUUUCCAACAAGACCUCCUUGACACUUUUCACGUCGAGCCAUAAUUUAUUAUUCGUGCGUUACGCGGUGACAGCGUAGCUAGUGGCAAAAGAACUGUGUCAAAAUGUAUCCGAAUCAUUACUGAACAUUCCCAACAUUUCCCGCCUUUGUUCUUACUUCUGCAACGUCAUGAACGAAAUAAAAUAUUUUUUGGUGUUA